AUUUGCAGCUUGAAUUUGUCCUUUGCUGUUUUUGCGAGGCGGAUGGAGGAUCAAAAAUGUCGGUUAAAGGGGGUGGAACGAAAAGGUUUUAUUUUAACACUGUCUUAUCCCUUGCUCGAUCUCUGGCAGCGCAGCAGCAGGCUCCAGAAGAAAAGGUAAAGAAACUACAAUGCAUGUGCCCGGUGGACUUUCGUGGCGUCUUCCAGCUGGACGAGCGGCGCAGAGAUGCCGUGGUCGCCCUGGGCAUCUUUCUGGUGGAGUCUAAGUUGCAGCACAAAAAAAUAAUCCUGCCAUACCUGCUCGCGCUGCUGAAGGGAUUGCCUCGCGUGCAAUGGAUCGAGGAAAGCACCGAACGAAAAGCCCGGGAGAUUCUCCCUGUAGCAGAGAAUUUCUGCUUUUGCCUGGUCACGCUACUGUCGGAUGUGGCACAGAGAGACGAGAACUCGCGAAGCCAGAUCUUGGAAGCUGUGAUGGACGUCAUGCAGGCUCUGCGCGAGAUGUGCCUGACGCCGGAGAGUCACGAUAAAGAGUACCUGUGCAGGUACACGGUUCCCUGCCUGCUGGGCGUGUCGCGGGCCUUCGGUCGCUAUAGCAACACGGAGGAGCCCCUGCUGUCGCGGCUCUUCCCGCGGGCGGGGCCGGUGCUGGCGUGCGCGGCCGAGGAGGGGGAGGGCGUGCGCCGCCGGUCCUUCAACGACUUCCGCUCCAUCCUGCCCAGCUCCCUGCUGACCGUGUGCCAGGGGCAUACCGCCAGCACCUCCCAGCAGGCCAGUCCUGAAAGAGGAGGGCUGCCCCCUGGUUCUCCUGCUGAGCCGUCUGCUCAGUACUUUGAAGGGUCCUACCUCCCCGACGGCAGUGCGCUGGACCCGCAGUACUUCUUCUCCACGGUCAGCUCCAGCUUCUCGGUGUCGCCGCUCUUCAUGGGCAGUGGCGGGACGGAGUUCUCCCUCCCUCUGGACACGCUCCGGGCCCUGCUGCACAUGGUGAAACAGUUUGUGGCCGAAUCAUUUUUGAAAGCUGUGGACGUGACCAUGGCUGAGCUUGCAGAGGUCAAUCCCAGCAUCGACCUGCACUAUAAGACCUUCAGCGACCCGCUGUAUGUGGCCAUGUUUAAAAUGCUGAGGGACUCCUUGUAUUAUAUGAAAGACCUGCCGACCUCCUUUGUGAAGGAGGUGCACGACUUUGUCCUGGAGCAGUUCAGCAGCAGCCAAUCGGAGCUGCAGAAGAUCCUGCACGACGUGGAGCGGGUGCACAGUGACCUCAGCCCCCUGAAGCUGCGUUGCCAGGCCAACGCCGCCUGCGUGGACCUGAUGGUGUGGGCCGUCACCGAGGAGCAAGGGGCAGAGAACCUUUGCACCAAACUGUCAGAGAAGCUUCAGUCAAAGACCUCCAGCAAAGUCAUCAUCGCACACAUGCCUCUGCUCACCUGCUGUCUACAGGGUCUGGGACGUCUGUGUGAGCGGUUCCCCGUGGUGGCGCACUCUGUCACCAUGUCUCUCAGGGACUUCCUGGUGGUACCCUCACCCGUGCUGGUCAAGCUCUACAAGUACCACAGCCAGUACAGUGCAGCAGGCACCGGCGAGAUCAAGAUCAACGUGACCAAUGAGCACUCACAGUCCCUCAACCUGCUGUCCAAUCGCAAGGGCCAGCCCUCCAUGUACGAGCAGCUGCGCGACAUCUCCAUCGACAACAUCUGCCGGUGUCUGAUAGCAGGGCUCACCAUGGACAGCGUCAUCGUGGAGGCCUUCCUGGCCAGCCUGUCCAACCGCCUGUACAUCUCCCAGGAGAACGACAAGGAGGCCCAGCUGAUCCCGGACCACACCAUCCGGGCGCUGGGGCACAUGGCGGUGGCGCUGCGGGACACGCCGCGGGUGAUGGAGCCCAUCCUGCAGAUCCUGCAGCAGAAGUUCUGCCAGCCGCCAUCGCAGCUGGACGUGCUCAUCGUCGACCAGCUGGGCUGCAUGGUCAUCACCGGCAACCAAUACAUUUACCAGGAGGUGUGGAACCUGUUCCAGCAGAUCAGUGUGAAGGCCAGCUCUGUGGUGUACUCUGCCAAGGACUACAAAGACCAUGGAUACAGGCACUGCUCCCUGGCUGUGAUCAACGCGCUGGCCAAUAUCGCCGCCAACCUGCAGGGGGAGCAGAUGGUGGACGAGCUGCUGGUGAACCUGCUGGAGCUGUUUGUGCAGCUGGGCCUGGAGGGGAAGAGAGCGAGCGAGCGGGCGAGCGACAAGGGCCCCGCCCUGAAGGCCUCCAGCAGCGCCGGUAACCUUGGCGUCCUCAUUCCUGUCAUCGCCGUGCUGACCAGACGCCUGCCGCCAAUCAAAGAAGCCAAGCCGAGGCUGCAGAAGCUCUUCCGGGAUUUCUGGCUGUACUCCGUCGUCAUGGGCUUCGCCGUGGAGGGGUCAGGGCUGUGGCCGGAGGAGUGGUAUGAGGGGGUGUGUGAAAUCGCCACCAAGUCCCCCCUGCUGACCUUCCCCAGCGGAGAGCCCCUGCGGUCCGAGUUGCAGUACAACUCCGCCCUGAAGAACGACACCGUCACCCCGGCCGAGCUGAACGACCUGCGCGGCACCAUCAACAACCUCCUGGACCCGCCCCCUGAGGUCGCGGCGCUGGUCAACAAGCUGGACUUCGCCAUGUCCACAUACCUGCUGUCUGUGUACCGGCUGGAGUACAUGAGGGUCUUGCGGUCGCUGGAUGCCGAUCGUUUCCAGGUGAUGUUCCGGUAUUUCGAGGACAAAGCCAUACAGAAGGACAAAUCAGGCAUGAUGCAGUGUGUGAUUGCCGUAGGCGACAAGGUCUUUGAAGUCUUCCUCCAGAUGAUGGCCGAGAAGCCUAAAACCAAAGAGCAUGAGGAGGAGCUGGAAAACCACGCCCAGUUCUUAUUGGUCAACUUCAACCACACCCAUAAGAGGAUUCGCCGGGUGGCUGACAAGUACCUGUCUGGAUUGGCAGAAAUGUUCCCUCACCUGCUGUGGAGCGGUCGGGUCCUGAAGACCAUGCUGGACAUCCUGCAGACCCUCUCCGUGUCCCUGAGUGCCGACAUCCACAAGGACCAGCCGUACUACGACAUUCCAGACACCCCCUACCGGAUCACGGUGCCCGACACGUACGAGGCCAGAGAGAGCAUAGUGAAGGACUUCGCUGCUCGCUGUGGGGAGAUCCUGAAGGAGGCCAUGAAGUGGGCACCCUCAGUCACUAAAUCACACCUACAGGAGUACCUGAAUAAGCACCAGAACUGGGUGUCGGGCCUGUCCCAGCACACGGGCCUGGCCAUGGCCACAGAGAGCAUCCUGCACUUCGCUGGGUACAACCGCCACAGCACCUCCCUGGGGACCACGCAGUUAACGGAGAGACCAGCUUGCGUCAAGAAGGACUACUCCAACUUCAUGGCCUCCCUGAACCUCAGGAAUCGCUACGCAGGGGAGGUGGCAGGCAUGAUAAAUGUGGCAGAAGCCACUCGCAGCGGCACGGACCUCAACCAGCUGAUGAUUGGACAGAUGAAACAUGCGCUGGACAGUGGCCAACCAGAGGCCUUCACCCAGGCCAUGUUCAAACUGGCCGCCCUGCUCAUCAGCUCCGCAGAAACGGACCCUCAGCUCCUGCACCACCUGUGCUGGUCGCCGCUGAACAUGUUCACGGAGCACGGCAUGGAGACGGCCAUUGCAUGCUGGGAGUGGCUGCUGGCUGCCCGGGACGGUGUGGAGGUCACGUUCAUGCGGGAGAUGGCGGGGGCGUGGCAGAUGACGGUGGAGAAGAAGAUGGGGCUGUUCUCGGAGGCGAAGGUGGAGGCCGACCCCCUGGCAGCGUCUGAGGAGAGCCAGCCCAUACCCUGCCCCCCCGACGUCACCCCCCACUACAUCUGGAUCGAGUUCCUGGUGCAGCGCUUCGAGAUCGCUAAGUACUCGAGUGCGGACCAGGUGGAGAUGUUCGGCAGCCUGCUGCAGCGCUCCCUGUCCCUCACUGUUGGCGGGCCCAAGAGCAGCCUCAACCGUCACGUGGCCGCCAUCGGGCCCCGCUUCAGGCUGCUGACUCUGGGCCUGGCUUUCCUCCACUCGGACGUGGUGACGAGCACCACCAUCCGCAACGUCCUGCGGGAGAAGAUCUACUCCACCGCCUUCGACUACUUCAGCGGCUCCUCUAAGUUCCCCACGCAGGGGGACAAGAGGCUGCGGGAGGACAUCAGCAUGCUGACCCGCUUUUACGCCGGCAUUCUGUCCGACAAAAAGUACCUCGCGGCCGGCCAGCUGGUGCCCCCCGGUGAGCCUGGCGCCAAUCCGCCGCACAGCACCCUUUCCGCCGGGAUUUUCGGAUCGCUAAUUGUUUCCAGCACUUCUCCGAUAUCGAUCUUAAAUAACCAGGACCCGACCAUGAGCAGCCUGUCUGUGGUGAGCGCGGCCGACCCGCGGAACAGCAUGGACGUAGCGGUGGGGUCCCGGCAGCAGAGCGGCCAGGGCUGGAUCAACACUUACCCCCUGUCCAGCGGCGUCAGCACCAUCUCCAAAAAAUCAGGACUUUCAAAGAAGAGCAACCGGGGAACUCAGCUUCACAAGUACUACAUGAAACGCCGGACCCUGCUGCUGGCCUUGCUGGCCAGCGAGAUCGAGCGUCUGACCACCUGGUACAACCCGCUGUCCACCCAAGAGCUGUCGGUGCCCACCGAGCAGUCCGUGGAGACCAGCAUCGCCAACUGGAGGUCCAAGUACAUCAACCUGAGCGAGAAGCAGUGGAAGGACCACGUCAACCUGGCCUGGAGCAUCUCACCGUACCUGGCCCUGCAGCUACCUGUGAGGUUUAAGAAUUCGGAGGCCAUUGUUGCCGAGGUGACGCGGCUGGUGCGUCUGGAUCCCGGUGCGGUCAGCGACGUUCCGGAGGCGGUCAAGUUCCUGGUCACCUGGCACACCAUCGACGCCGACUCCCCGGAGCUGAGCCACAUCCUGUGCUGGGCGCCGGCCGACCCCCCCACGGGCCUGUCCUACUUCUCCAGCCUGUACCCCCCCCACCCGCUCACCGCCCAGUACGGCGUCAAAGUGCUGCGCUCCUUCCCCCCCGACGCCAUUUUAUUCUACAUUCCUCAGAUUGUUCAGGCGCUCCGGUAUGACAAGAUGGGGUACGUGCGUGAGUACAUCCUCUGGGCUGCCCAGACCUCCCAGCUCCUGGCUCACCAGUUCAUCUGGAACAUGAAGACCAACAUCUUCCUGGACGAGGAGGGACACCAGAAAGACCCUGAUAUCGGGGAGCUUCUGGAGCAGAUGGUGGAGGAGAUCACAGGCUCUCUCUCCGGUCCCGCCAAGGACUUCUACCAGCGCGAGUUUGACUUCUUCAACAAGAUCACCAACGUCUCUGCCAUUAUCAAGCCCACGCCCAAAGGGGAGGAGCGUAAGCGGGCGUGUCUGAAAGCCCUGUCCGACAUCCGGGUCCAGCCUGGCUGUUAUUUACCCAGCAACCCGGAGGCCAUUGUGCUGGACAUCGACUACAAGUCCGGGACUCCCAUGCAGAGUGCUGCGAAGGCCCCUUACCUGGCCAGGUUUAAAGUCAAGCGCUGUGGGGUGAGCGAGCUGGAGAAAGAAGGGCUGAGCUGCCAGUCUGACUCCCUGGAGGAGAACGAGGAGGCGGGAGCGGGGGCAGGGAGGGUGUGCUGGCAGGCGGCCAUCUUUAAAGUGGGCGACGACUGCCGACAGGACAUGCUGGCGCUGCAGAUCAUCGGCCUGUUUAAGAACAUCUUCCAGCUGGUGGGGCUGGACCUGUUUGUGUUCCCCUACCGCGUGGUGGCCACCGCACCUGGGUGCGGCGUCAUCGAGUGCAUCCCGGACUGCAAGUCCCGUGACCAGCUGGGGCGGCAGACAGACUUCGGGAUGUACGACUACUUCAGGAACCAGUAUGGCGACGAGUCCACGCUGGCCUUCCAGAAGGCGCGGUAUAACUUUAUCCGCAGUAUGGCAGCCUACAGCCUGCUGCUCUUCCUGCUGCAGAUCAAAGAUCGGCACAACGGCAACAUCAUGCUGGACAGCAAGGGUCACCUCAUCCACAUCGAUUUUGGGUUCAUGUUUGAGAGCUCCCCUGGGGGGAACUUGGGCUGGGAACCGGACAUCAAGCUGACGGACGAGAUGGUGAUGAUCAUGGGUGGGAAGAUGGAGGCCACACCCUUCAAGUGGUUCAUGGAGAUGUGUGUGCGUGGUUACCUGGCAGUUAGGCCCUACAUGGAUGCUGUUGUUUCCCUGGUAACGCUGAUGCUGGACACCGGGUUGCCGUGCUUCCGAGGACAGACCAUAAAGCUGCUCAAGCAGAGGUUCAACCCCAACGCCAGUGAGAAGGAGGCCGCAGCUUUCAUCAUUAAAAUCAUCCAGAGCUGCUUCCUCAGCAGCAGGAGCAAAACCUACGACAUGCUGCAGUACUACCAGAAUCAGAUCCCGUACUAGCACCCGGUUAAGGACACGCUGCAACCCCCCUUCGGUGUUUUCCCAAACCAAAAUCACUUUGAUAUACUCUGAUAAUCUGCACUUUAUAUAUUUAAUAUUUCACAGACCUUCGUUAGCCCUUUCCUAGAAUUUAAAACAGAGAAUUACAUGUUAGGUCAGACUCAUGCUCUAUCAUUCGAGGGCUAAAAGUCUGGGACAUUUCCCCGCCAUCCCAGAGCUGUUUACUGUAUCUGUCUGUGGUAAAUGGGUAUUUUGAAAA